AAAUUCGUUAUUUAUGACCAAUCCAAUUGCAGAUAGCUUCAGUUUGGAAUUUGCGUGCCAGCCCACCAAGGGACAGCACGCACACGUGCUGUCGUGUAAGGGGCUGUGGGGCCUUCGCUCGUCCUGUGCCUUCGUCUGGAUGUCAGGUACAAUGAGCAUUGGAGCGCGAGUCAUGAAGCUUGUGACAUCACACCCGUGGAGGGCCAAGCUAACACCGAGAAGUGAAACUCUGCGUGUGGAGCCUCCAUGGCCAUGCACGCAUUUCAAAAGAGUCAACACACGCACAAUGAAGGGCCCAUCGCAAAUAGGUGGAACGUGCUCGCCUUCCGCCUGACAGACUGCGGCAUGGAGGAUCCAUAAGACGGUGAAUGCGUUGGGAAGGGUCGUGUGGUUUCGAGCCAUCUUCGGAUGGAAGAUGAUUACCAUGUUCUACCAGGAGCCCUUCGUCCAGACUUGGCGCUAUCGAGACAAGUGGGAAACCCACAAGUGAUCGCAAGGAGUAAGACGGACGAUUGCAGGACCUCCUAUUUUAGAUCGCAACGGCCAGCAACACGUGAACGUUUCAAAGUCGACCAAAGGUUGAGCUGGCAAGAUGGGGCACGCAAAGAAGGCAGCCCCUGUCACAGUGCUGCAGUCGCCGGACGUGACGUACUCCAUCAGUUCCCACCACCGCAGCAACACGACCCAACGACCAAAGAUCGAGCACAAGCACCGGAAACAACCUUGCGACUCUGUCGCCCCAACGACACACCAAUCGCUUCGACGGUCACACCUGAGCAAAGAGACCGAUCCAGCAUCAAAUUGGCCGAAGGAAGCCUCGAGACCAAGUGCAGCAUCGUCCCAGGACAGUCCACAUAGCACUACUUACGUGGAGAAGCAACCUUCGACGCGGCCAGGAAGUAGUUUGGAGCGUUCGAACCGCAAGUCAAAUGCGUGGGUUGUCGACAAGCAAGACGUUGCUAAGCCUCGUGUGCGAGUGGACCCAAAGCCACGGCUGGACCGGAGCCCAUCGCCGCCAAAGGGUCGAAUCGCCGACGAGUCGCCGACCAAACCUUCCCCGUGGUGGAGCAAGUCAAACCCGCCGUCUCCACAGUCCUGCCAAGUGUCCAAGAUCGGCAAGCGGCUGCAGAAGGCGCGCAGUUUGAUCGUGGAUUCUGAAAAUGUUGUCGAAGACAUUGAGCGUUGGAGCGGCGCCAAGUGGGACAAAGAGAAGGGAUUCGUCAAGGCACCGCCCCCGCAACAACUUCAAUCUCAAGUAUCGCCCCGGCGUCGUGGCGGACCAGAGUUCGUUUGCCAGGAGCAUACAAGUGCCAGUCGAAGGGCGAAGCAACAUGGAGCCAGGCUGGUUGGGACAAGGCAUCAGCGAGCCACCAACUGCAAAAUUCACGAGUCGAUGCCCCCACCACACACGCCAUGGGUCUAACUUGAAACUGCGACUCUGUGGUCGCCUAUCUCGCACACGCAAGUCUUGGCUCUCGAUGGCUAACGUGCU